GAAUAACAUCUCAUAUUAAGAAGUGCUUGUGAAAUUACCUUCGGCUUUUUCAAGAUCAGAAUUCAGAACAAGGAAAUCAAAAAAUGGACAAAUCCCAGGACAUGAGCCAUCAAGCUGGUCAAGUUAUGGGACAAGCUAAGGAGAAGGCAAGUAACAUGAUGGACAGUGCAAGCAAUGCUGCUCAAUCUGCCAAAGAAUCAUGCCAAGGGGCUGGCCAACAGAUGCAGGCAAAGGCACAAGGUGCUGCUGAUGCUGCCAAAAACGCAGCUGGGGCUAACAAAUGAAUAUAAUGGAGAUCUCUCCAACUCCAAGUGGCUAUUUGUCUCUUCCAGAUUUUGGUUUUUGGAUUUUCUGCAUUUGUUUGCUUUUGCUAUCUUUUGCUUUUGGCAUUUUUUUCCCUUUUCAGAUGAACAAAUAAGAUUGUUUGUGUAUCAGCCACUUGAAUGAAGACAUUUUGUUUUUAGAAUAUCAUAUAUUAUAUAGUUCACAGACAACCAUUUUUCAAUAAAAAGACGCAGGUUAUUGCAA